AUGUCAGCUCUCGAGCAAUUGUCGGUUGAAGAAGUCGAGGCUAUUGCCACUGGUAAAGCCAGUCGUGAUCAGACCAAUAUCAACAGAAAAAAGAAUGCCUCGACUGCCAAUACUGGAGCAUUUGUUUCGGCCGGCGGCGUCGAGAAGAAAAAGGUACAUAUUUCCGAGCAGCCAUUCACCUGGUCCAAUUGGUAUCUUCACAUCAACUGGAUUAAUACUACACUGAUUUUCAUUUAUCCUAUGAUUGGAUUCUGUUUUGUUCCUUUUGUUCAUCUUUCUCUCAAGACUUUUAUCUGGUCUUUUAUCUACUAUUUCAUGACCGGUUUGGGUAUUACCGCCGGUUACCACCGUAUGUGGUCACACCGAGCCUAUUCGGCCAGACUGCCUCUUCAAAUCUUCCUUUUGUUGGUUGGUAGUGGAGCUGGUGAAGGUUCUGUCAAGUGGUGGUCUAACGGACACCGUACUCACCACCGAUUCACUGAUACCGAGAAGGAUCCUUAUGAUGCUCGUCGUGGAUUUAUGUUCUCUCACAUGGGUUGGAUGAUGUUCCACCAAAACCCCCAAUUGAAGGGCCGUACCGACAUUUCCGAUCUCAUUGCCGACCCUCUGGUCAGAUUCCAACACAAACACUAUCUUUACUUUUUGUUUGCCAUGGCCUAUGUGUUCCCUACUCUUGUAGCUGGUUUCGGAUGGGGCGACUGGACUGGUGGUCUUCUUUACGCCGGUGUUUUGAGAUUGUUUGUUGUGCACCAAUCCACCUUCUGUGUUAACUCAUUAGCCCAUUGGAUCGGUGAACAACCCUUUGACGACCGUCGUACUCCCCGUGACCACGCCAUCACUGCUUUCGCUACUCUUGGUGAGGGUUACCACAACUUCCACCACGAGUUCCCCAGUGACUACAGAAACGCUCUUAAAUGGUACCAAUACGAUCCUACCAAGAUGUUCAUCUGGACCAUGAAGCAAUUGGGACUCGCAUACAACCUACAAAAGUUUUCACAAAAUGCUAUUGAGCAAGGUCUUGUGCAACAAAAGCAAAAGAAGCUUGAUAAAUGGAGAGCCCGUCUUAACUGGGGAGUUCCUAUUGAGCAGCUUCCUGUCAUUGAAUUCGACGACUUCAAGCAACAAACCAAAGAGCAAGGUAAAUGUCUGGUUCUCAUCUCGGGCAUUGUUCACGAUAUCACUGACUUCAUCGAGCAUCACCCUGGUGGUAAGGCUCUGAUCAAGUCUGCCAUUGGCAAGGAUGGUACUGCAGUCUUCAACGGCGGUGUAUACAACCACUCCAACGCUGCCCACAACCUCUUGGCCACCAUGAGAGUGGCCGUCAUUAGAGGAGGUUGCGAAGUCGAGGUAUGGAAAAAGGCCCAAUCCGAGAAGAAGGACGUCAACAUCAUCCAGUCCACCUCGGGAGACAAAAUCGUCCGCGCGGGCGAGCAGGCCACCCGCCUCGCCGAGACCGGCGUCAGCGGUCGCGCUGCCUAA